GUUUCGCUUUCGCGUUUUAGGGAUGCCCGUUUUUUGCGUUCCAUUUCAUUAGCCUAUAGCCCUAUACGUCUAGCUCAAGUGACUGAUAAAUAAUCGUAUUCUGUGGUUCUGAAUUUUCUGGUAGUUAAGACAAAUGGAACGUAUGAAAAAUUUCAAAUCUUACGAUUGGACUUCGAGUUUGUCGGCAAUAUAUAGGAAUCACAGCCAUGCAGAUAUUACUUUAAUCUGCGAAGGUGAAAAAAUCUUGGUUCACCGCUCCGUCCUUGCUUCGCUUAGUCCUCUAUUUGGUCAGCUCUUAAUGAGUUGUGAAUCCUCUGUUGAACAAGUAAUUUUUCUUGAAGGGUUUAGGUACGCUCUUAUGGUGUGCUUGGUCAAUUUCCUUUACAAUGGGAUUGCUGAGGGUUCAUCAGAUGACUUAGUGACAGUUUCGAAGUAUGCUAAAGAACUGCAAGUGAAAGGUCUUGUAAACUCAGGCCAUAGUACCCAGCCAUUUCAAUUGGAAUUGUUAGAAAAGAGAAAAGUUGAGGAACAACUUCAGAAGCUACAAUCAGACGAAUCUGAUUCAGAUUCCAACUCAGAGGAGGAUGAAGACCUCCAGAUUGUCUUUGAAAAGAACAUCCAAGAAUCAUUCCCUGUAAAGAAAAUUGAAGUAGCUGAAACUAUCGACAAAAGUUACCCUUCAGAAGUUGUCUCUAAAAGAAAAAGAAGUAUCUCGCAAAGCUGUGCAACUGCACAUACUGAAAAAAAGAAAUUAGUUUUGGCACCAAUUCUAGGUGCAACUGAAUUAUCUUCAAAGUCGACACUACCGAUUAAAGUCAUCAGGUGUUCUAUUUGUAAAGAAAUAUUUGCGACCAAAGCCGAUCUUAAAAUUCAUCUGGGAAGUCAGCAUUCAGAUCAACUUACUUGCGGCAUUUGCUCAAUACUGUUUUCAUCUCGAGUUACUUUAAAGAGGCAUUUAAAGAAACAUAUAUCAUCUUUGAAUGGACUUCUCGGGUCGCUAAGUACUGCCCAUUGCCAAGCGUGAUAUAAAUUAAAUUCCGAAUUAUUUCUCUCAUUCUUGGUUUCGUGUAAUGGAACUAUUAUUUUUAUUGUAAAUCCCCGUUUGCACCGCGUUUGCUUUAAAAAAAAAAAAUCUGUUGGUCAACCAUAGUACUGUAUUUUAAAUAAUUCAUUAUAAACAUUUCGUGGAAGCAUUUUUCGAAUUGGUAUGUGUUGGGAUCACAUGGGAAACAUGUUAUGGCAUCCAUGGCAUAACUACGACAUAAAUAAGUGGCUAUGUUUACACUCCCCGCCUUCCAUCCCAUAGUUUACCAGAUUGAAGUUGUUGUUGUCAACGGUUUUGACGCUCAAGGGCCGGAAAAGUAUUAUUAGUUUCUAACAACCCUCGAUUCCUCGUUUGUUUCUUGUUUAAAAAAUGGCUCAAAAAUAUUUUGAAGGGGUUGCCCACGCCAAUUUGUACGCGAAAUUUCGCCCUAGUCCGCCGCAAAAACUUGGAAAUCAAAUAAUCAGUUACCUUAAAAAGAAGUAUACAGGAGACCUAAGCCUGUGUUUGGACGUCGGAUGUGGAAAUGGGCAGAGUAGUAAGAUUUUCUCGCCGUAUUUUCAAAAGGUAAUUGCUACAGAUGCAAGUCCUGCUCAAGUGAAAGUUGCAAAGACUAUGAAUCAUCCCCCCAACAUCAACUUCUUGGUUAGCCUUGCUGAAGAACUACCAGUUAAAGAUGGAUCAGCACAAAUUGUUACUGCCAGCCAAGCCUGCCACUGGUUUGAUCUAGCAACUUUUUUUAAGGAAACUAAAAGGGUUUUGUGUCCAGGUGGUAUUGUUGCUUUAUCAGGGUACACCUUUCCAAAGUUUUUACAUCCCACAAAAGCAAAUGAUUUACAAAGCGCCUUUAAUCUGCUGUAUCAUAAAAGGACUGGCUCAUUUUGGGGGAAGGGCCGUGAGCUUGUAGAUAAUGAGUAUUCUGAUAUAACACUACCCUUUAAGGAUUUGACAAGAGAGGAAUUCUGGACGGAUCCAAUCACCACCACUAUGUCAGAAUUUGUUGGCUACAUUACUACUUGGUCUGGUUUUCAAAACUAUUGCAAAGUUCAUGGACCAAAUGCAGGAGAAGAAAUCCUGGAAGAAUUCACAUCAAGCUGCGUGAAAGCGUGUGAAAACUACGAGGAUAACGCGCAGCUUUUAAUUACCCGAAAAUACUUUCUUUUGAUGGGUCGAAUUUAAACGAUAACACAGAUAAUAAAGACUGUAAAAAAUUGUAAAAUUUCCAACAAUACACCAAUUGUAUUCUACAGCGUAA